AGGUGAUUCCCUAUUAAAAACAAGAGCAUCAACAUCAAUUGGGGCCUUUGAGGAAUAUAUAUACCUAUGGAUCAUACUGGAGAGUCUUUGGAACAACCAAUUGACCAAAUUGGAGAUUCUUUGAAACUAAAAAAGGGUAGGGCUAGUUGGAAACAAGAAGGUCUAGAGAAAACGUUUCUUGAAGCAUGUGUACAUGAGUCGAGCCAAAAUGGACAAAAUAGCAUGACGAUGCAAGCAUGGAAAAAUGUUGGAGAAACGCUAAAAAAAGAACAUGGUUUUAUUGUCGAUCAACGACAAAUGAAGAAUCGUUAUGACUAUAUUAAAGGAAAGUUUAAUGUAUGGCUGAAGUUAAAAAACAGGACCGGCAAUUUGUACAAUCCAGUAACCAAGAGUUUCAAUUUGACAGAAGAAGAGUGGGCGAUAGAGAUGAAGUCAAACAAGUAUGCGGAACCACUCAAGAAUGCGCCAUUGAUGUAUCCCGAUUUGUGUAUCAAGCUCUAUGAUGCAUCUGCUGCUAUUGGGUGUGAUGGUUGGGGACCCGCUUCGGGUCUUCGUCACCCAGAAGAAAGCCAUGAAGACCCUGAAUUGAAUGAAGAUGUUGAUAGCCAUCAUCUACAACAAGAACCUCUUGACACAACACUAGAGCCGCCACCUUUAAACCAAGCAUGUUCGUCUCGUUCUUGAGCUCAAAGUAAAAAGAGAAAAAGGGAAGCAAAUAAUUCGAACGUCAUGGCAGUUGCAGAAGAUAUAUCUAACAUUGCAAGAAUGAUGAUGGAGAAAAAUAAAGGAGAUGAUAUGGUUGCUUGUGUUGAGAAGUUGGAGAAACUUGGUUGGGAUACGAAUGAUCCAAUGUAUGAGACCGCACUUUUGCUUUUUGGUGAGAGUGCCGAUUUUAAGAAACUUUGGUUGGUAUUGAAAACGGAGAGUUGUGCAAGUUGGAUUAGGAAUGCUGGAAAUAAGUUUGGCCUGUUAGGUUGAUUAAAAGAAAAUUUGGACUUGAUUAA